AUGGUCGACUCGGAUAAUGAUUUAUUGACUGAAAAUGCUGCAAACCAGGCUGAAAAUUCGGCUGAAAAUGAUGUUUUCCAGAAGAAGAAAGAGGAUUUGGCGAAUUUGGUGCUUUGGGUGAGAUUUUUUACCUAAAAUAUGAGUUUUGAGCUCGCUGGUUCGAUCCACGGUGCCUGCGAACUUUUUUAUUUUUAUUUUUUUUUUUGCAGUUCUCUGGAAUCGAUGCGACAAACAAGAAUUUGAAUGAUCCUGUGGAUUUGGUGUCUGGAAGAGCUUUUGCUGAAAUUCUGAACAGAAUGUGAGUUUUUGAGCUGAAAUUCGUGAAAAAUUAGUGAUUUUGAGCCGAAAAUAGCAAAUGCGCUCUAUUGAACACUACCCGUUUUCGAAGAAAAUUCAAAUUUUUAUUUUUUUUUUGUCUGGUGAAUUUUGAGCGGAAAAAUUAAAUUUAUUGGUUUUUCAUGGAAUUUAGCGCUUAGAAUGCUGAAAAUCAUCGAAAUUUGACUAAAAUUAUGGUUUUUGAGCUAUAAACUAUGAAAACUGCUCAAUUUUGAGCGGAAAAUAGCAAAUGCGCUCUAUUGAACUCUAGCCGUUUUUAAAGAAAAUUCAAAUUUUAAUUUUUUUCUGGUCUAAUGAAUUUUGAGCGGAAAACUUGCAUUUUUAUGAAAUUUUGUGCUCAGAGUGCUGAAAUUAUGGUUUUCGAGCUAUAAACCAUGAAAAACGAGCAAUUUUAAGCCAAUAAUAGCAAAUGCGCCCCAUUGAACACUACCCGUUUUUAGAGAAAUUUCAAAUUUUUAUUUUUUUUUGUCUGAUGAAUUUUGAGCUCAAAAUGUUCCUAGACCACUAGAAAAUCCAAUGUUAAGUGAAAUUAACCGUAUCUGGGCUCAAAAUGCUCCAAAUUUUCUGAAAAUCAUCAAAUUUGUGCUCGAAAUGCUCCAAAUUCCCAAAUUCUUCCAGUGAUGAUAUUCAUUUCGAUUCAAUUUGGCUUGAAUCAAUGCCAGAAUCAACAUCUCGAACAAAUAUCGUCGUAAAACAAUCGAAUUUGCGAAAACUUUGGCGAAAAAUCGAUAUGUAUAUUCGAGAAAUUCUGAGAAGAAAAUUGGAAACCGAUCGAUAUUUCGAAAUUGAUUCGAAAGUUUGUGGAAGUGAGGAAACUGAUUUGCCAGUUGCGCUGGAAUUUGCAAUGUUGAUUUGUACAUUGGCACAUGUUGGAAGGAAUAAAGAAGGUAAUUUUGAGAUGAAAAUCAUGAAAAAUGACCCGAAUUUGAUAGAUUUGAUGAAAAAUACGCUAAAAAUCGAUAAUUUUAACCUAAAAAUGUCCAGAAACCAUCAAAAAUGAUGGAUUUUGAGCCAAAAAUAGCAAAUACGCUCUAUUGAACACUCCCCGUUUUAAUGGAAAAUUCAAAUUUUUAUUUUUUUUUCCCUGGCGAAUUUUGAGCUAUUUAACGCUUCAACCCUCAAAAUUUGAAGAUUUCGAUAAUUUUCAGCUUGAAAACUUGAUUUUUGGCUGAAAAUGAGCUGAAAUUGAUAAUUUGGAUCUGAAAAUGUCCGAAAACCAUCGAAAACCGUCAAUUCUAACCCAAAAAUAGCAAAUGCGCUCUAUGGAACUCUCCCCGUUUUCAGGGGAAAAUUCAAAUUUUCAUUUUUUUUUUCUUUGAUGAAUUUUGAGCCAAAAAUCACUGAAAUUUUCAGAUUUUCAGCCCAAAUCCACCAAAAAUCAAUAUUUUUCCAGAUUUCGUCUUGUAUUCCAAAGAUUUAUCACUAAAAUAUUCAACAGAAAUGUCAAAUGUUGUUCGAAUGAUAACUGAAAUUAUGCGAGAUAUUCCGGAAAUCAAUGAGCAAAGAGUGACGUCAGGUGAGCUGAAAAUCUGGCUGAAAAUCCGGAUUUUUGAGCUGAAAAUCAGGAAAAAUGAUGAAUUUUGAGCUAAAAUCGAUUUUUUCCAGACGAAGAGCUGACUUCAGAUGGAGAAUUCAAUAAUUCGAAUUUUGCCGAAAGAAGUUUUGCUGGAAAAGAACAAAGAAUUAGUGUUGGAUCGAAUGCUGGAUAUAAACAGGAAAUUGAACAUAUGCUGAAACAGGUAUGGCUGAAAAUUUGGGAUUUUAAGCUGAAAAUCAUGAAAAAUGAGCUAUUUUAAGCCUAGAAACGUGAAAAUUGACGAAAAAUUGCAAAUGCGCUCUAUUGAACUAUGUCCGUUUUCAAGGAAAAUUCAAAUUUUUAAUUUUUUUUUCUUUGAUGAAUUUUAAGAUAGAAAUCAUGGAAUUUAGAAUUUUUGCUAUAUUUUCAUUUAAUUUCAAUCUAGAAUGCUGAAAAUCUGAAAUUUUGAGCCCAAAAUCGACGAAAAUGAUGAAUUUUGAGCGAAAAUUUACGAAAAAUUGCAAUUGCGCUCUAUUGAACUCUUCCCGUUUUCAGAGAAAAUUCAAAUUUUUAUUUUUUUUUCUUUGACGAAUUUUUGAGCUAAAAAUCUGAAAAUUCCGGGCUUAAAGGAGCAUACAGUACUCCUAAGCCUCAAAAAUCCAGUUUGAAAUGUUUUAAUUCAAAGGUACAUACAGUAUCCACCCUGAAAAUUUUGAAAAUGCGGGAAAAAUCACUAAAAAUCAACAAAUUUAAAGGUGCAUACCGUAUCCCUGAAAACCUUUUAAAAAAAAAAUUUUGAAGGUGCAUACAGUACCCCCAAAAUUUCACUAUCUUUCAUCAAAAUUUAAAGGGGCCUACAGUACCCCUUAAAAUGCACCCUAAAUUUUUUUAAAAAAUAUUUUAAAGGGACAUACAGUACCCCUAAAUAUCCCACUAAUUCCCACUAAUUUAAAGGAACAUACAGUACCCCUGAAAACUAUCCAAAAAUCCCGCUAAAAGCCAAUAAUUUAAAGGUACAUACAGUACUACCUCCUCCCUUUAAAAAUCAAUAUUUUUUGUUCUAGAUCGAUGAUCUUCAAAAUCACAAAAAACAACUGGAAUGUGACGUGGAAUCCCUACAAAAACAUCUCGAAAAUGCUCAAAAUCAUUCAAUAAUCUCCCAAACAUCUACAGUAUCAUCUACAGUAACCGCAGAUACUGUAGCAAUAUUAGAAGAAAAAAAUGAGGAAUUAUUGAAAAAAAGACGAGAAGCUGAAGAUAAAAUAAAUGAAUUAGAAGGACAAUUAGAACAAAUAAAAGGAACAUUACAAGAAAUAUCUGAUGAAAAUGAAAAUAUGAAAAGAAAUGAAAAAAUGGUGAAACAAAUGAAACAAGAAAUGCAAAAUACAAAAGAUAAUUUGGAAAUUUGGAGAGAAAAAGCGGAAAAAUUGGAAUUUGAUGGAGAAUUGUUGAAAAAAAAGGAGAAAGAAAUUAAAGAUUUGAUGACUCAGAUUAAAUUAUUGAAUCAUCGAUUAGAGCAUCAUGUUAAACAAUCGACACAAGAUGAGGGAAAUAAAACUGAGAUGGCGGUGAGUGAAUUUUGGGGUGGGGAGGGGAUUUUUGGAGCAUUUUGAGAGCAAAUUUGAGCUUUGGGGGAUUUUUUGAAGCAUUUUGAGACCUCAUAAGCCAUAUUUUGAGCUCUGGAGCAUUUUUAGAGCAUUUUCAGGAGGAAUUUUGAGCUCUGGAGCAUUUUUGAGAUGAAAUUCGGGAUCUGGAGCAUUUUUGGAGCUAAAUUUGAGCUAUGGAGCAUUUUUAGAUGAAAUUCCGGCUCUGGAGCAUUUUUUGAGCCAAAUUUGAGCUCUGGAGGAUUUUUCGAGCUAAAAUUGAGCUCUGGAGCAUUUUAGGAGCAUUUUGAGCUCUUGUUAGGUUUUUGGAGCCAAAAUUGAGCUCUGGAGGAUUUUAGGGCAAUUUUGAGCCAAAAUUAGAGCUCUGGGGAUUUUUUAUACCAAUUUUGGGUGAUUUUUGAGCUCUGGGGGAUUUUUCGGAGCAUUUUGAUAUCAAUUUUGAGCUCUGGAGCAUUUUUGGAGCAUUUUGAAGCCAAAACUGAGCUCAGGACUGAAUUGCGGUCAUUUUAAUGAGAAAAUUGAGCUCUGGAGCAUUUUUUGGAGCAUUUUCAGACCUCAUAGGCCAUUUUUUCGAGCUCUGGACCAUUUUUCGAGCAUGUUGAAGCAAAAUUUGAGCCUUGGGACCAUUUUGACCUACAUUUCGAGCUCUAGAGCAUUAUUUUGGCCCAAAAUUGAGCUUUGGAGCAUUUUUGGAACAUUUUCAGACCUCAUAAGCCAUAUUUUGAGCUCAGCACAAAAUUUCAGUCAUUUUGAUACCCCCUAUGGCCCAGUUUGGCCUAGUUUACUAAUUAGGAUUUCUAGGCCACCAAAUUCUCAAAAAUUAUCGAUUUUUCGUGUUCCAGAAUCUUCGUCAACAUAUUGGAAGUUUGAAAGCGGAUAUUGUUGCAAAAGAUGUUGAAUUGGUAUCAAAAGAAAGUACAAUUACUAAGGUAAGGUUGGAAAUUUAAGAGUUUUAAGAGUUUCAUCGAUUUUCAGCCGCUGUGACUGAAAUUUUCGGAUUUUUCAUGAAAUUUGGAGUUUUUAGACACCCAUAUUCAUAGGGUUUGGGGAAAUUUUGAUUUUAGGUUAAAAAUUGACCUGAAAUUGAAUUUUAGCUCAAAAAAUCCCGAAUUUCAGCCAUUUUUCCAUUUUCAGAUUGAAGAAGAAUUGAUAAAUUUGAAAGAGCGUGUAAAAGAUUUGGAAGAUCGAAAAGAAGAAUUGACAGAGGAACGAAAUCGAUUACAAGAGAAAAUGAUUAAAAUGAGAGAUAGUAUUACAAUGAGAAGUUUGCAUGAUUCGAUGUUUGAUGGAGAUGUUGUUGAAUUUGAGUGAGUUUUUUGGAUUUGGCUGAAAAUUUGGAGCAUUUUGAUAUAUUUUUGGAGUUUUUUGGUCCCAGAAUUGUUGUUUUUCAAAAUUCUGAAGGUUUCUGAAGGUUCUAAUGAUGAUUUUUGGAUUUUUGAGGAAAUUUGGGAAUUUUUGACACCCAUAUUCAUAUAGUUCUGAGAAUUUUUGAUUUUUGGGAUUUUUUGGUCCCAGAAUUUUUGAUUUUGAAAAUUCUGGAGGUUUUCAGGGUCCCAGGGAUCGAAAUUCGGAUUUUUCAGAAAAUUUGGGGAUUUUUGACAUCCAUAUUCAUAGGGUUUGGAAGAAUUUUCGAUUUUUGGGAUUUUUUGGUCCCAGAAUUUUUGAUUUCGAAAGUUCUGAAGGUUUUUGAAGGUUCUGAUGAUGAUUUUUGGAUUUUUCACGAAAUUUGGGGAUUUUAGACACCCAUAUUCAUAGGGUUUGGAAGAAUUUUUGAUUUUUGGGAUUUUUUGGUCCUAGAAUUGUUGAUUUCGAAAGUUCUGGAAGUUUUCAUGGUCCCAGGGAUUAAAAAUCGAAUUUUUGAGGAAAUUUGGGGAUUUUUGAGACCCAUAUUCAUAGGGUUUGGAAAAUUUUUAAUUUCAGGUCAAAUUUUCGACCUGAAAUUAAAAUUUUCUGUUUUUUCACCAGAUUUUGGCUUGUUGUAUGUCUUUCGAAUCGGAAUUUCAACCUGAAUUCGAAAAUCCACGUAUUUCUUCAUGAAUCCUUCAAAAAUCCCAAAUUUUUGCAGGAGAUCCGACAAAUUAUCACUGGAAAUAGAAAAUCAACGAUUAAUGGAGCGAAUUCAAGAAUUGGAAAGUCUGGAACCAUUAAAAGGCGAGAUUUUGACACUAAAAUCGAGAAAUAGUGUGUUGGAACAAGAGACGCAGAUAGCACACAAACAAAUUGAUGAAAAACAGAAAGAAAUUCAAGAAUUGAUGGAGAAAUUGGAGAAAAAUCAACAGACGACAAGUGGAGGAGUUGUUGAAUUGAAAGUUCAGGUUAGGGAGCAUUUUUGGGUCAAAAAUCGUGAAUUUUGAGCAUUUUUGAGCUCCGCCCACUUUUUCCCGCCAAAAAUCGUGAAUUUUGAGCAUUUUUAAGCUCCGCCCACUUUUUUUGGCUCCAAAAAUUAGCCUAGGCUUAUCUAGGCUCAAAAAAUCCCAAAUUUUUCAAAAUUAAUUUUUUGCAGCUCGAAAAAAUCAGUUUAUCCGAAGAAAAAGCGCUCCAAAACGCUGAAAAAGCUGAAAAAAAGUUGGCCGAAAUCCAGCUGGAAUUAGACCAAAAAACAGAGGAAAUGAAGAAAUUCGAGCAAAUUCUGAACAAAUCAAAAAUCGUCAUCGAUGGAUUAGAAGAACAACUGAAAAUGGCUGAAAUUGAGACGUCUGGAAAUGGACAAACGACUUCUGUACAACAAUUCAAGCAAUUACAGGCGGAAAAUGAGAAAUUGGAGAGAAAAGUGGGUUUUUUGGGGGGAUUUUGAGCCAAAAAUUGAGGAAUUUGGAGCAUUUUGAGCCCAGGAACGAAUUUUUCAGGGAUUUCUGGAUUUUUAGACACCUCACAAGCCUAGGGUCCAAAUUUGGAGCAUUUUGAGCCAAAAAUUGAUGAAUUUGGAGCAUUUUGAGCCCGGAAUCGAAUUUUUCAUGAAAUUUCGGUUUUUUUGACACCUCAUAAGUCUAGGGUCGAAAUUUGGAGCAUUUUGAGCCCAGAAUCAAGCUUUGCAUGAUUUUUUGCUCCGUGAGCUCUAUUUUUGAGCCCGGAAUCGAAUUUUUCAUGAAAUUUUGGAUUUUUGGACACCCCACAAGCCUAGGACCUGAAAAUUUCAGGUUUUUGCUCCGCGAGCCCACUCCCAAAAUUCCAAAUUUCAGGUUUCCGAACUCGAAAAUCAACUUCACACAGCCAUCACUUCUUACGAGCAAGAAAAUCGUCUUCUAACAUCAGCCGCACAUCAAAUUGUCAGUUUUUUGCAAUUUUGCCGCAUGCUUUUUUUUAGGCCACGCCCCCUUUUUUUCCAGGUCUUGAAUCGAUCGGCUGAAGAAGUACUGUACUCACCACAAUCCGCCAACUCAACACUUUCACAUCAAAAACAACCGUCGGCACUUUCAUGGAGGUAAGCAGGCCACGCCCACUUUAUUUUUGGGGACCUCUAAGCCCCGCCCCCUUUUUUGUCCCCGCCCCCCUCGAAAAAUGUCCAAUUUUUUUAUAGAUUUACCUAAUUCCUUGUCCAUUUUGUGAUAUAAGGUAACUUUGUGCACGUUUUUUGCAUGUUUUUUAGGCCACGCCCCUUUUUCUGUGCCCUGUCCCGUUUUUUUUUUCACUAACAUUUCCAGAUUGCAUGAUUGGCUUGGCGAUGCAUGGAAACAGUAUCCGAUGUGAGUUCCUCUAUGUUCUCUAACCUUUCUCUAGCUUCUCUGGGCUCUAACCCACCCUCUAAACCUAAGCCACGCCCACUUUUCCUCUGUGUUCUCUAACACUCUUACUCUACCCUGCACUCUAGCUUCUCUGGGCUCUAACCUUCUCUAAACCUAAGCCACGCCCACUUUUCCUCUGUGUUCUCUAACACUCUUACUCUACCCUGCACUCUAGCUUCUCUGGGCUCUAACCUUCUCUAAACCUAAGCUCCGCCCCUUUUCCCUCUAUGUUCUCUAACCUGUCUCUAUGUUCUCUAGCCCUGCACUCUAGCUUCUCUGUGUUCUCUAACCUCUGACCUCUUUCUCUCUGCUCUAACCUCAUCUAAGCUCCGCCCCUUUUUCCUCUAUGUUCUCUAACCUAACCUCUAACCUCUACACUCUGCUUCUCUGCAAUCUAACCUUCUCUAAGCCUAAGCUCCGCCCCUUUUUCCUAUGUGUUCUCUAACCUUCUCUCUGUGUUCUCUAGCUUCUCUAACCUCUAAACCUAAACUCCACCCACUUUUCCUCUAUGUUCUCUAACCUUAGGGUUCUCUGUGUUCUCUAACCACUCUCACUCCACCCUGCACUCUAGCUUCUCUAACCCUAACACUGUGUCUCUGUGCUCUCUAACCCUCUAUGUCUCUAGCUUCUCUGUGCUCUCUAACCUCUAAACCUAAGCUCCGCCCACUUUUCCUCUAUGUUCUCUAACCUGCUCUCUGUGUUCUCUAGCUUCUCUAACCACUCUCUCACUCUAUGUCUCUAACCUCUAUCUGUGUAUCUAGCUUCUCUGCACUCUCUAACCCCAGCUUUUUUUCUUAUAGAGUCUCACUGCUUCUAAUCAUUAUUCCGCUUCUUAUGAUUUUGACACUAUGUGGAGUUAGCUCAUUUCUGGCACCACCAAAUGCAUGA